AUGGUAAAACUUUAAAACAAAUAAAAUAAGAAAUCUAAAAAAGCACUUCAACUUAAAAAACUCUCUGAAUAAGUACCUUAAUAGAAAUAUUAAAAAUAUUAAUAAGAAGAACUAUUAUUAUUUGAAAAUGAUAAUUAAAAUUAAAGUGAUUCAUCUAUCAAAUAAGAGUAAUCAAAUCUUAAAAGAGAAGAAUAAGAAAAUAUUAAUUAAACUAUAACAUAAGAAGAUGAUUCUGUAUAAUGGGUAGAUGAAUUUGAUGAAAAAAUAUAAGUUGAUUUAAGCAAAUAGACAAAAUUAAGAAAAUUAAUCAAAAAUGGAUAAAAUUUAGUUACAGGCAAAGAGUAUCAAAAAAAAUUAAGAGAAUUUUAUAAAAAUUAAUAGCAAAAUAAUGAAUUUUUAAGUUGGGCAUAAUCUAAAUAAUAAAUUAAAUAAGAAAAAGAUAAAUCAGAUUAAUAAAAUAACAAUUUAAAAGAAUUAUUAUCAUAGAAUCUUUAAAAUUAAGUAAGUAAAAGUAGUCUACUUCCAAAUAGAAUAAUACAAAUCGAAUAAGCUGGAAUAAUAAAAGCCAAAAUAAAUACUGUUAUAUAAUCAAUUAGUUUUCAUAAGAAAUUACCAAUAUUUGCAGAAGGAGGCUUUGAUAAAUUGGUUAGAAUAUAUCAAUUCAAUCCAAAUAAAUAAAUUUAAGUAUGAAAGUAUUUAAAAAUAUAUAGUUAAUAAAAUCUAUAGGACUGGAGAAAUUUCCAAUAUGUAAAUUACAAUUUAUGAAUGAAAACAAUAAUAUAAUAGUAGCAUCUCCAUUCAAAACAUAUCUAAUUGAAGUAGACAUCAAUUCUCAAAAGUAUAAAAGGAUACAAUCAACAUUAUUUGCUAAACAUUUUAAUUAAUCUGGAAAAUAUAAUAGAUAGAUAGAAUUUGCAAUUAGUGAUGAUGAUAAAUAUAUUGCUUUAUUUAAUGAAUCUGGUUAUAUUCAUAUUCUAAGUGGAGAUAGUAAAAUUCUUCUCAAUGAAUUUAAAUAGAAUGAGGCAUGUAAAGCUGUAACAUUUACUGAUGAAUUUUUAAUAUCUGCAGGUUAAGGUGGUAAGAUUUAUUAAUGGUCAUUGUAAAAAUAAUAAAUAUAUAAUGUAUUUCAUAAUCCAGGAGGAUUUGAAGUGAAUUGUUUAGAUUUUAAACUUGAUCUAUUAGCAGUUGGUAGUAGAACAGGUAUUGUAAAUAUCUUUAAGUAUAAUUCUACCACAAAAUAAUUUAAUAAAGAUCCAAUUAAAGAAAUAUAAAAUUUAACUACUAGUGUAAGUGAAGUUUAAUUUAAUAAAUUUUGUGAAAUAUUAUGCAUAAGUUCAAAAUGGAAAGAUUCAGCUAUAAAAUUAGUACAUGUAGAUACAUUUACAGUAUUUGAAAAUUGGCCAACAGCUACUACAUGUCUGAAAGUAUAGAUAUUAAUUAAAUUAGAAAAUCUCAGCAAUUGGAAUAAGUAAUGAUUCUAGAUUUUUGGUGAUUGGAAAUGAAGAUGGAGAAUUGAGAGCUUUCCGUUUGCUACAUUAUUGAUAUUAUUGUAUAUUAAG